CAAUCUCCUUGGCUCCAGAAAGAGGCCCACUGUGCACACAUCCAGACACUGACUGUCCAAAGCCCAGAUGGAUGGACACUGGUUGGCAAGAGGGCCAAGGUUGGAGCAGAGAAGGUGGCCCUGGGAGGGCUCGGCCUGGCUGGCUGCCUGUGACUCAGAGCCCACGCUGUCUCCACCUCCCUGUGUCUCAGGAGCCCACAGCACUGCCUGCCCUGAGAAAUGCUGGAAGCUGGGUGUGGCCCCAGGCGGGGGGCCUGUUUUUCCUGUUUCCUGCAGAGUUCCUUGCAGCCCUGUCCAAACGUGUGCAUUCAUGAGUGAAGAACCCGAGCGGGCGCUGAGCAUCCUACUGCAAGAACUGGGGCUGGUCAGGGUGAUGGCUGCAGGCCUGAGCGUCUGGAAUGGCACCAUCAAUGACACCUGGAAUGGGGAUGAGCUGGGCUACAAGUGCCGCUUCAACGAGGACUUCAAGUACGUGCUGCUGCCGGUGUCCUACGGCGUGGUGUGCGUGCUCGGGCUGUGUCUGAACGUCGCGGUGCUCUACAUCUUCCUGUGCCGCCUCAAGACAUGGAACGCCUCCACCACCUACAUGUUCCACCUGGCCGUGUCGGACGCGCUGUACGCGGCCUCCCUGCCGCUGCUGGUCUAUUACUACGCCCGCGGCGACCACUGGCCCUUCAGCACCGUGCUCUGUAAGCUGGUGCGUUUCCUCUUCUACACCAACCUCUACUGCAGCAUCCUCUUCCUCACGUGCAUAAGCGUGCACCGGUGCCUGGGUGUCUUGCGCCCGCUGCGCUCGCUGCAUUGGGGUCGGGCCCGCUAUGCCCGCCGUGUCGCAGCGGCCGUGUGGGGGCUGGUGCUAGCCUGCCAGGCGCCUGUGCUCUAUUUCGUCACCACCAGCACACGCGGCAGCCGCAUUACCUGCCACGACACCUCGGCCCCUCAUCUCUUCAACCACUUCUUGGCCUACAUCUCCGUCAUGCUGGGCCUGCUCUUCGCGGUGCCCUUCGCCACCAUCCUGGUCUGCUAUGUGCUCAUGGCCCGGCGGCUGCUGCAGCCGGCCUACGGGACUGCCGGGGGCCUGCCGCGAGCCAAGCGCAAGUCGGUGCGCACCAUCGCGGUGGUGCUGGCUGUCUUCGCCCUCUGCUUUCUGCCUUUCCACGUUACCCGCACCCUCUACUACUCCUUCCGCUCGCUGGACGUCAGCUGCCACACCCUCAACGCCAUCAACAUGGCCUACAAGAUCACCCGGCCGCUGGCCAGCGCCAACAGUUGCCUGGACCCCGUGCUGUACUUCCUGGCUGGGCAGAGGCUCGUGCGCUUUGCCCGGGACGCCAAGCCAUCCACAAAUCCCACUCCCACUGCCCAGGCUAGCCGCAGGCUGGACCUGCACAAGUUCCGCAGAACCAACAACCAGACAGAAGACAGGUCCGCCAGCAGUGAGAAUUCCAGGCAGAUGGAGCCCACACUGGCUGGUGGUGGGAAUACUAAAGACGUCAGGCUCUAAGACCUGAACCCCUCCGGCCUGCACACGUUUAUAUGGAGGCUGGCAGUGAGGAAGGGGCUACAGGGACUAGGACUUGUUCCAGUGGGACAGCCUCCUGAGAUACCGACAGUCAUGAUGCAUGCUGGGUGGUCAAGGGAGCCAUGACCCAACACUGUCAUCUGGUAGGGGCUCGGGACACUCUCUGCAGUCCAGAGAACUCAACAGUCCCCAUAGCCCCAUCACCCUUUGUAUGCAUCCGUUGGGGAAUAAGCUUUCAGGAAAGGCAAGGGUUUGGGGCCAGUGCUGCUGCUGGCCUGACUCACCCACUUAAAGAGCCAGCAGCGCCUGUCAAGGUACCCAGGCUGGAGUCCAGCCGAACCAAGUCAAUGGAGAAACCGGCCCAGAGAAGAAAGCGACUUCCCCGGGGCACACAGAGGAAGGAGUCUGGGCCUGAGCCACCUGGGAAGGAUGGGGUUGCCGGUUGAAUGGAGGACCCUGGUGAGCAGCCAGGGCUGAGCCAGAGCUUCCCCCAGGAGUCGGGGGCAGGUCUGAGUGCAGUGGACUCAGCAAUGAGGAGCACCCCCAGCCCAAGAGAUGAACGUAUGGAAACUGGUGCCCUGAGCCCAUCUGGAGGCCCCCAGGGGCUGGGGGCCAGCUUGAGGCUGUAACUUAUACUAAAAGUGUUGUGAUCUGCUGA